GAGGAGAUGAUUGACCGCACGGUUGAUGGGUUGAACAAAGGUAAUCCACCUGUGAGAUCAGCUGAAGGAACGGGAGGGACCUAUCUGAUGCAGGAUUCUUCAGGUCUCAACUAUGUAUCUGUCUUCAAGCCCAUGGAUGAGGAGCCAAUGGCUGUUAACAAUCCUCAGCAGCUUCCCGUGUCAUCAGAUGGUCAGGGAUUGAAGAGAGGAACUAGGGUAGGAGAAGGGGCAACUAGAGAAGUUGCAGCUUACUUAUUAGAUCAUCCAAAAAGCGGCCCGAGAUCUGUGUCUAGACAAGUUAUGGGUUUUGCUGGUGUGCCGCCAACUGCAAUGGUCAGAAGCUCUCACAGAGUGUAUAAUUAUCCAAAGGGAUUUGACGGUUCUGUUUCAAAUGAUGCCAAAGUUGGUUCUUUGCAAAUGUUCAUGAAGAACAAUGGA